CGUUAUCUAAUGGAAAUGUCCGUACCAUUGAUAGACUGUGUUUAUUUUGUCUUGUCAAGAGAAGUGGUGACAAAGGGAAAGCAGAAGUUGGAAGGGUUAAGGAACAUCUUCACUUGUGGAUACACAUCUCAUUAGCGCCUGUUUGUUUGUUUGGGUUGCCAUGGUUACCCCUGGCCCCUGAGGAUGGAGUAUGAGGUACAUGACCAGCUGUGGACCUGUGUGGCUUGUACUCUGACCAAUGGUGAAGACAGGGAUACAUGUUCAGCCUGUGGCGAGGAAAGACUACUGUUUCCAGGACAACAGUCUCCCCUUCUGGAGCCCCAUAAUGGGGCAACCAAUCAAACAGGUCCUUUGUCACCACAGGGAGGAGUCAGACCAAAAGUUCUGAAAAGUAAAUCUUCCGCUCCUCCUCCUAGACCAUCUCCUCUUGGAGGCCCAACCAAUCCUAUUGCAGUUGACAUGGAAACAUCACAGGGGCAACUAUGGGAUUGUGGAAGGUGUGCAAUGAAAAAUGUUGGUAGUUCAGAUAGUUGUUUGAAUUGUUUGGCACUCAAGGAAGAGGAAGUGAUAAUCAUAAAUGAUGAUGAUGAGUAUGUUGUCCGAUACAACCAUAUCAUAUCUCCAACAGUUUCUGAGCCUGUGAGUUCAGAGGCUCCAACAGAAAAAUCGAAACCAAAAGUGGAAGGAGCUAGUAAAGGAAAGUCUCAAGUUUGGACUUGUAUACGCUGUACAUUGAAAAACGAUGCCAGUAACAAAAAUUGUUCAGUGUGUGGGGCUCCAAAGGAGCCUAAGAUGCCAACCUUGGCUUUGGAAUUUGAUUUAACAAAAGAGUUUCCUACAUCAAGUAAGCGAGGAGUUCCUGAUGGGAUGGAGUCGGAGUCCCACAAAAAUAAACAAAGACAUGUUAAGGGGGUCCCAAGUCAGGUAAAAAAAGGAAAGGACUCGGGUGUUAUACCAAAAACACGGGACAUGGCUGGAGUGUCCCGGAGGUCAAAGUCAGACACACUAGUUGCUAUGACAGAUGAAUGGGUGUGUAAAUCAUGUAGCUUUUCUUGUAACCCUGCCUGGAGUGCAAAGUGUACAAGCUGCUCAGUAUCAAGACAGACAACUCCUUCUGGUAGUCCUGGCCACCACAGGGCAAACAGUAUUCCUGUAUCCCCCACAGACAGACUUCCUCUUAUUAACCAGUCCUCAAAGAGAACAGAUACAGGUCCUGGAUUACCAUCAGAAAAACACUCGCCCAAAACAAAUCACAAUCCCCCUGGUAAAAGAUUGGCUUCUAAGAUGAAGACAGAUGAUGGGAAUUCUCCCCCUAAAAGUAAGGCCAAAUUCUGGGAUUGCCCUUUAUGUACUUUUCGGAAUCCAAAGUCUGUUCUAGCUUGUGGUGUAUGUGGUGCUCAGAAGGCUGUGCCAUCGGACUUGCAUUGGAACUGUCCAAAAUGUACAUUAAGGAAUCGAAUAGAAGUGACUGUGUGUAAAGCAUGUGGAAUUAGAUUAAAAAAUGAAACAGAAGACAAUACAGGAAGUCGGGGAAGUGACCAGCCUGUAGUCAAUAACCACAAUGGUGUUGUAGGUAGUGAACAGGAUAGCAUUAGUAGUAAAACACCAAGACAAUCCCCUGGUGGAAAAAGGACAGGGCGGGAAUCAGUUCUCAUAGAAGACUCACAAAAAAUAACACCAAGAAAACCAGCAGAAAGGAAGUCAAACUUCCUAGAAGAUUUGCAGAGAUUAACUUCUGCUAGAGAGGAUUCCCCUGCUGAUAGCAAAGAACCCAAAGACAAACGCAACAAGGAAACUGCAGGAAAGGAUAAAACAGACAAAGGUUCUUUGGGGAAAGACAAAACAGAAAAGGGUUCUUUAGGGAAAGACAAAAAGGACAAGGGUUCUUUAGGAAAAGACAAAACGGACAAGGGUUCUUUAGGGAAAGACAAAACAGACAAGAGUUCUUUAGGGAAAGACAACAAAUUAGACAAGGCAAGAAGUGUUUGGUCUUGUUCUGAAUGCACAUAUAAGAACUCAUUAAAUAAGACCAAUUGCAAGGUUUGUGGCACACUCCAUUCAAAAAUGAAAGCUUCACCAAGCAUGUCACUACAGCGACAACAAAGUACACUCAUGGAUGACAUCCGCAAGACUGAGGAGAGUGAUGCCAUGGAGUUAUGGCAACAUAUCACUUUCUUCUGUGGCCAGCAGAAGGAGCCAUUUGUGGACGACUCUUUUCCCCCUGCUGGUGUGUCCUUGUUUUAUGAUGAUUCUGCACCAUUCACCACUACACCUGUUAGCUGGUGUCGACCUUAUGAUAUCACAGCAGACCAGGCAGGGGAGGACGCAAUACGAUGGGCAGUAUACAGGACUCCAAUGCCAGAUGAUAUCUCACAGGGACUUCUGGGAAACUGUUGGUUCCUGAGUGCAUUAGCAGUGUUGGCAGAGCGACCAGAACUUGUUGAAAACAUCAUUUUGACAAAAGAAUACUGUCCUCAAGGGGCUUAUCAGGUUCGCCUCUGUAAGGAUGGCAACUGGCAGAUUGUCCUCAUUGACGACCUCUUGCCUUGUGACCCAAGGAACAGACUUGUGUUUUCUCAGGCCAAAAGAAGGCAACUCUGGGUGCCCUUGAUUGAGAAAGCUAUGGCCAAACUGCAUGGAUCCUAUGAGGCAUUAAUUGCAGGAAAGACCAUAGAAGGUCUAGCAACCUUAACAGGUGCCCCAUGUGAGAAUAUUGACCUUCAAGAUAACCAGCAAAGGGAGGAAGACAUUGAUCCUAACUUCAUCUGGGCACGCCUUCUGAGUUCACGUGAUGCAGGGUUCCUCAUGGGUGGAUCCUGUGGGGGGAACAUGAAGGUGGAUGAGGAUGGUUAUGAGGCUGUGGGACUGAGACCGAGACACUCCUACUCCAUCCUUGAUGUCAAGGAUAUAGACGGAAAUAGGCUACUGCGACUGAGGAAUCCAUGGGGGCGGUUCUCCUGGAAAGGUGACUGGUGUGAUAACUCACCCUGCUGGGAUACCAUCAGCUCUCAUGCCAAGGAGGAUCUAAUGCUGCAUGGUGACACAGCAGGCAUAUUCUGGAUGUCCCUCACUGAUCUCAUGAUAUAUUUUGACAGCAUUGACAUCUGUAAGGUGCGACCUGAGUGGAGGGAGACAAGGAUCAAUGGGACCUUACCAUCCAAUGCCAGAGAGCCUUUUAAAAUGGUGAAACUAACAGUGUUUUAUACCUCUGAGGUGGAGAUUGGUCUGUUCCAGGAGGGAAUGAGGAGUACUAAGACAGAGAGUAAGAACCCAUCUGACCUGUGUGUGCUGAUAUUGCGGGACUCCACAAACAACAUCCAGGCAUUUGGCCCCCUGGUGGAGAGCAGCCAGCGACAGAUCCGAAGCUUUGUUGGCUGCAGUAAGAUGCUGGAACCAGGGGAAUACAUUAUCAUUCCACUAGCCUUCAAUCUAUGGACACUCAGUACAAAGCCAGUGAUGAAACAUGAAUUCGUGUUGACAGUUCAUAGCUCUAAGGCACUAAUGGUGGAGGAAAUGGACACAAGUCAUCCCAAGUACCAGUACGCACUAGCCAAUGCUGUAAUGGAACUGGCCAUGGCUAAGGGAAAACGAGAGGGGGUAAGAGACACAGUAACAGUUUACUCACUCAUGCAUGGAUGGUCUGGUGGCUUUUUUGUGGUGGAAAAUAGAAAUGCUGACCGAUGUCUCCACAUCAAGUGUGACUGCACAGAAAGUUCCAAUGUGGUGUCCACCCGAGGAGUUCUCAAGACUGCAGACUGUAUUCCUCCCCUUCACAGACAAGUGUUGAUGAUACUAAGCCAACUGGAGCGCAGUGCCCCCUACCAUCUAUCCCGUCGACUUCUUCAUCGCAUGGACCGUGCACCAACUGGACUUGGAGACUGGGCGCCACCUGGUGUGAAUCAUGACCCUCUACUAACGGUCCAUGUUAUGGGCCUCCACACACCUCGACCUUUGUAACCUGUAACAUCAAUCCACCAAUUUAAGGACUUUGACCACUGUGACAUGUUUGUCAGUUAUGACAUUGACCUCUGAACUGCCUUAUCUUGACUUCUGUGACUUGCCUGUCAAUCUUGACCUUGACCUUGACACGCCUGUCCAUGAGGUCAACACGAGCCUGAAUAAUGUGACACGAUUGUCAAACAAGUGAUGUACCUGAGAAUUGUUUUGUAUUUGUUCUUGAUUGAUAAUGUAUAUAGUAUACGGCUAAGUGACAACCCAGCCGAAAUAUUGACAUUACUGUAUACUCACUGGAAUAUCUGAUAUUGAUCGAAGGUUGUUAAAGAAAAGUUUAUAGUUGUAGAAUAUAGUGUUGGGAGUCCAGCUCUGUGACCAUUUAUGAAAUAGGGAGAUAUGACAUUUAAACACAUGUAAAUCAGUUGAUGUUAAAGAGUUGGGAGAAUGUGUAUAUAAUAAAGUAAACAGGUAUCAAUAUGUGUGAGAGGAGAACUAGAAUUUAAUCACUCAGCUGUGUAGGGAGAACUCUUGGCUACAUUAGAUCAAAUAGCUUCAUCACUGAGCUGUAUGUGGAGGGCUCUCGGCUUCAUUAGAUCAAAUUGCUUCAUCACUGAGCUGUAUGGAGAGGGCUCCCAGCUACAUUAGAUCAAAAGGCUUAAUCACCCAGCUGUAUGGAGAGGGCUCCCGGCUACAUGUCCAUUCACUCUUUGUGAGGAGAGCUACAUUAGAUGGAAUAGCCUAGACACUUACAUUUGUAGCUGCAUUUGGAGGACUACAUUAAAUGGAAUAGUUUAGUCACUAUAAGCUGUGAGGGAAGGACUAUAUUGAAAGGCUUAUCUUAGUUACUCAGCUGUGUGGGAGGACUACAUUGUAUGGAAUAGCCUAGUCACUCAGCAGUGUGGGGAGGACUAUAUAUUAGAUGAAAUAGCCUGGUCAAUCAGCAGUGUGGGGGACUACAUCAGAUGGAAUAGCAUAGUCACUCAGCAGUGUAGGGAGGACUAUAUAUUAGAUGGAAUAGCCUGGUCACUCAGCAGUGUGGGGGGGGACUACAUUAGAUGGAAUAGCAUAGUCACUCAGCAGUGUAGGGAGAACUAUAUUAGAUGGAAUAGCCCAGUCACUCAGCAGUGUGGGGGACUACAUUAGAUGGAAUAGCCUAGUCACUCAGCAGUGUAGGGAUGACUACAUUAGAUGGAAUAGCCUUGUCACUCAACAGUGUGGGGAGGACUAUAUUAGAUGUAAUAGCCUAGUCACUCAGCAGUGUUGGGAGGACUAUAUUAGAUGUAAUAGCCUAGUCACUCAGCAGUGUGGGGAGGACUAUAUUAGAUGUAAUAGCCUAGUCACUAAGCUGUAUUUUAUGCAAAUGUCAAAACAGUAAAGGAAUGCAAUCAAGUGCUAUAUGGAAAUUUAUAAUUUAAUGCAGGUUUGAAAAACUGUCUCAAUAAGUUUGACAUUAUCAAUGGGUACAACCAAAUGUUAUCACAACACAUAAAAACAUUAACUGUUCAUUCCAGUAUCAAUUGUACCAAUGUUUUUAUAUCAUCCUUCAGCCAGCUUAAAUAACUAAUAGGUAGGAUCAACUUGUAUAUGGUGUACAAAGCAAAUGUAAUUUAAGUAAAACUAAUUUAAAUCAUAACCAUCAAAAAAUAAUGUAAGUUGUGUGAAUUUCAAACAUGUUGUGGAAAUUUUGUUUACAUUGUAAAAAUUUUGAAUUACAUAAUUUGAAAUUCAUGUGGUUUAGUUUGGCAUUUAAUGAAUGAAUGGAGACAUAUUUAAGCGUAGAAAUAAGGCUACAUUUUUGUAUAACAAUGAAACACAAUAUAGAAAUGGAGACAUAAUAAAAUUAUAUUGGUUGAGAUUUUUUUUCUCAGUAUUCCCAUUUUUAACUGAUUGCAAAUUGAUUUUCACUUCUCUCAAUUUUUCUUCAAAAUGCAAAUGUCUGUCAAUUUCAUGUCUCUUCCCAUUUAGGAAGAAAAUCUCAGUGGAAACUGAAUAUUACACAAACCAAUCACUGCAAUAGCAUAACAUUAUGCACACUAUCACAGUACUCCCAGUACUUUGAUUUAUCAUUUUCAAUCCUUUAUUUCUUGGCAAUAUAGAUGGAAAGAACACAAUGUGAUCAAACAUUAGUGGGAAUCUGAUGAAACUUCUGUGUAUUGUACGAACAUGAUAUUGUAGACCUGUAGUCAUACCUGGUUAUUACAAGAAUUCCAUUCAUCUUUGUUUUUUGAAAUUAUUUACCAAUUGUUCUCCUCUUCAUUAAGAUUUUUGCUGUUUAUUAUUCCAUUGUUUUGCCUGGUGAAGUUUUUCCAGGCGUGUUGUUAUUGCUAUCAUAAGGUUGUUAUUGCUGUUACAGUGUUGUUACUGCAUGACAGACAUUUUUUGUGGGUUGAAUUAUAACAAUUUUACCUAAUACUUUUAUUUUUUAUUUUAAUUUUUGCUGUUUCUCCUUAUGUCCCAAGAGAUGGGCCUUUAUUAUUAUCUCCAUGUCGUACAGGACAGGUGACUGUUUCUCGUUAAAUGUAUAUUAAAUACACACUGUAUUAAAUUGGAUUAAUUGAAAUUACCAAGAAUUAAUUUGUGCAAUUUUGUGUUUGCACUCUUUUCAAAUGAUACCACAAGUAUUGAGUAAAGAAUCAUGUUAAAUUCACCCACUGUACAGUACUAAAUUUUAUAUUUACAUCACAAGGUUGUUAUUGUCCAUAUAUUUGCUUUUUUAUGUUCGUUUGGUACAAUGUAUAUUGGAAAUAAUUGGUAUCCUGAACUCUUCUCACUCCCCUCCGUAGUGUUGAUGUCAUUUACAAAAAUUUUCAUGCAAGACUUCAUCAUCUCGAAAAACUAAAGAGAACCGAUCGAGUUUCAUUUCUAUCUUGAUGGUCCUCAAAACUACAAAUUUUCAAACACUAAAUUUCUGUCUCCAUUUUGUUUGGGUAUUUCAGUGCAUAUUAAAACUAAUUUAUUUUAAUGGGGUUGCUUUUGAUUACCACACUCCAAAAUUUUGAUCGCUAGCCCUGAGUUGUUUGAUUAUGAAAUAACGUAAGAAUGCACCUAGUGAUAUAUUUUACUUUUUUAGGUUUUUAGUUUGUCUCUUUGAAGAAGAGGGAAAGCAAAUGUUGUCACGUUGGCAUUGGUGUUGGCGUUAUAACACCAAUUAACAUUUUGGUACAAGAGGUGAAAGACAUUUUGAUAUUUGGUACAUGUGUAUUAGGGUCCCUACAGCAUUGUAUAAUUAUCCCCUCCUAGAGUUGAACUAAAAGGGGGGGGGGGGGGGGGGGGGGAACCUGUUUCUUAAUAUUUUUUUGACUUUUUAUGCUGACAAAAAUGUCAAAACUUUUUUGGUGAAAGUGUUGAAAGGCAUAACACAUUAAUUUAUAAUUACUUUACAAUUUAUUUAAUAUGCAAAAUAACACCAAUUUAUAUAUUUUCAUAAUUUAUUGACAAACACUUGCGUGACAAGCUAUGCUGUUCUACAACAGUUCUUGUUUAGGCCUGUAUUAACAUCUGCAGGCUUGUCAACAUUAAGCCUGAAAUGAUACAAUUAAGCAUCGACAAAUCAGUUUGUCUGCAUCAAUGAAAAGUAAUAAUUAUAUAGGUAAUAGGGUUGGCCUAAAAAGUAGUGUAAAAAUACAGGUACAUUGUACAUGAAUUUCCCAUUUGUAUUAGUAUCAUGACAUUGUGAAGAACACUUAUAUUUCGAAAAGACAAACUCAGUUCAUUGUCUUAUAAGAUUCUUGGUUUUCAUGGAUAAUAUCAGAAGACAUGUCAAAUGUGCAUAAUAAUCCUGUGUUCUCACAUCGUCACGGCGGAUCAUCACAUCCCCUGCUCCUGGAGCUUGUCUAUGACUUAACUAUUCAGUUUACUUAUGGUGACAAAUACCGAUGUUGGAAGAAGAAUUAAUUUUUGAUGAAAUACAUAAAUAAUGUAUUAUGUGAUAAGCAUUAUUUUAAAAAAAAUAAAUCUUCUAAUUAAA